CCGAGCAAGAUCCCUUGCCGUCAUGCAAAGACUGUCGGGAAAUCCAAUUCCACAGAAUUAGUACAUACUUCUGCUCAAUUAAAUUAAGGCUUGGUAAAUGACAUAGGAAAUCUAAUGUCAUAUCAAAUUACAGAGAGCUGAAUUGGGCUCUAUUGCUGUUGAUAACAAAAGGCGGGAGGCUGGAUUCAAAAGCCGGAAUUGAAAGAACAUGGCGAAUUUGAAGGGCGGAAUGCUUCUGCGGCUCAUAGAGCAUAUGAACAGCAGUGUUAAGGCGGCAGGUGAAUUCCGUUCCUCGCUUCUGCAGGUCGUUGAUAUUGUUCCGGUGGAUUUGGAAGCAAACGAUCUCUGGCCCAAACAUGGAUUUUAUGUUAAAGUUUCGGAUUCGACCCAUGCAACAUAUCUUUCUCUUGCAGAGGAACACAACGAGCUGGUGCUCAGCAAUAAGCUCCAGCUGGGACAGUUUAUUUAUGUGGAGAGAUUUGAACCUGGUUCUCCUGUUCCAAUCCUCACAGGCAUUAGGCCGCUUCAGGGCAGGCACCCCCUGAUUGGGAGCCCACAGGAUGUUGUCAGUCUUCAUGACCAUAAGCGGCUGGACAUGGCCACGGAGCCUGCGCUUAAAUUCAAUCCCAUUUCUGGAGAAAGAGAAGGUUUGUUACAGAGGCGCAGUUUGUGGGCGCCUUCUUCCAAGAGAUUAUAUGAGGUUGGGUCUGCAGGGAAAGAUUAUUUCAAAUCCAUUUCUUUCCCCAAGGUUGCCAAGACCUCUGCUGUAAGCGGCUUUUCAAAGUUUUUAAGCAGGAACGGGAAGGGAAUUCCGGAAUCACAAUCACAGAGAACCCAUUUUUCGGAAUCUUCUGACCAAGUCAGCAGAUGCGUUCAGCAUGAGGAGUCCGAAGGACUGAUCAGCAAUGGUGAGCUUGAUAAGGAUGCUUCAGAUUGCAUGGAAAGCAUAGCCGUGAGUAAUUCAUGCAUUUCUCUACCGGAAAGACUUGCUGAGAUUGGAAAGGAAGCUUCACAGAGGCGUGAGGAAGCUUAUUUGGUUGCAAUGGAAGCACUACAGGAGGCAUCUGCUAUGGAGACUAUUGUUAGGAUCGUAAGGGAACUUGCUGAACUCUGUUCCUCAGCAAAACCUGAAGAUCCCGAGGCUUCUCUUGAAAGGUUUAUUACUUUGCACCAGGAAGUAUCUCAGUUUGUUGUCAAUAUGGAUACAUGGAAUAAACCUGUACCUCCUCAUGGAAGUGAGACUUCAGAUAUCAAAGGAAACAACAUAAUUGGGUACUUUGAGAAGUGUGGAUCCACAGCUGCAUCAAUUGAAACAUCUUUAUUAAAUAAUCUCAAAAAGUCCCCUGCUAAAUCUGAUUUAAAACAUGAUUCAGCUGCUGAAGAAUCACCAUUGAGAAGACUUAAAAGCAUUCUCAAGAAACUAUCUCAAGAUGCAAAUAAAAGAUCAAAAGGAGGUCUCUUCUCUAGGGGUUCAGUCUCUUCUUCUGGUACAACGAAAUUAGGUAAGUCCAUGUCCUUUACUCCUAGUGGGAUAGCCUCUAUGAUGACAUCCAUAGGAGGUAAAGGUAACAAUGACAACCAAAUUCCCAAAAGAUGUGCUGAUGUGAAUUCGGAUUCAAACACAUUGAGAUCAACAAACUUGUCAAAUCAAAAUUUCAACUGCAAAAACCCAAUAGUAUCAGAAUUGCAGCUUGCCAAUGCACCUGGAUUGAGGAGGAAUAAUGACCUGCUUCACCAAAUGAAUCUAGCAAAGCAGGUUAAAGUUGAAGCAGAAAACUGGUUUACAGAAUUCUUGGAGAAAUCCUUUGAUAUGGGUUGGAAAAAUCUUAGGUCAUCAGAAAAUGCAAAGAAAACUAGAGGAGUUUGCAAUGGGACUCCAAGAUGCAGUUUCAGCAGGCAUACUUUACUAAACAAAGUCAUCGAGUGGGUGGAGCAGUCAAAUAGCAGCAAUAGGUGGUUAAACCCAGAGGCAGUAGAGGUAGUAAAAAAAUUGAAAGGAAGUUUAAAAAACGUGUAGUGUUCAUUGCUUUGCAUGAAGCUUGGUCAAAGAGAAAAGAGCCUCGAAAUAAAAUAUACCACUGUGAUUUUUGAGUUGCAGUAUACGGGAAAAGUAACAGUUUUUGAGUUGCAGUAAAGAGGAAAAUUAACAGCAACUUUGAUUUUCUACUUGGAACCACGAAAUAGCUUUUUGGCCGAUUUGGUUCUAAAGCUGGAAAGGUGGUGAGAUCAUUGGGUAAGCAUACUGCAGAUUAAGCUUUGUAUAAAAAUGUUGGAAUUCAAAUUUGACAUUGUAAAACAUUACAGAUAAGAUGUUGGAAUAUUAUUGGAGAGUAACUUAACUUCAUCCUCA